AACCGUUGCAUGUUCUUCGACCAAUGAGAUCUCCAUAACGACUGAAAUCUGACUAUUGUUCAAAUUCGACCACUUGACCUUGUGCGGUGUGUUUGGGCCUACAGACUGCUGUUGCGGCAUUCUUCCAAGAUCUUGAUCCAUCGAAAGGGAGAGAGCCUCUCAAAACGCGCCGGUGGACUGUGCGAUGGCGAAGCUCUUCAUAGGCGGCCUCGCCUGGCACACAACCGACGAGACACUCUUCGAAGGCUUUGAACAAUUCGGCAAGGUCGAAGAAGCUGUAGUCGUCAAGGACCGUGACACGAACCGAAGCCGUGGGUUUGGCUUUGUACGCUUUGCCAACAAAGCAGAAGCCGACGAAGCGCUGGAGAAGAUGAACAAUACCGAAUUCGAUGGCCGCCUGAUCAGAGUUGACCAUGCGCAAGACAACAGGCCAGGCGGUGGCUCCGCUCGUGGUGGCGGUUAUCAAGCAAGAGGUGGACACACAAUGCCGAACACUGGCAUGGGAGGAUACCCGCAGAUGAACACUCAAUCGCGGAACCCAAAUGCCAGCGGAUACGGGCGUGGUGGCUCGUAUCCUUCGCAGUAUGGACAGUACAAUCCUCCCUACCAGCAGCCUGGAGGACCAUACGGUGGCGGCCAGUCCCGAGGACCGAACGAUGGUUAUGACAACCAAGGACCUUAUCGUCAAUGAGAAGAGCUCCUCUCAUGGUGGAGAUUUGGUUGCGAAGAUACCCCUUGAAUUCGUUCGACCUUUUCGGUGGGGGCAUAUUUGGUAAACUGCAAGUCUUGAUGCUUUUCAAAGGUUCCAAGUCAUGCUAGCAAGCGAUAUUUAGU